CCUGCUUUAGCGAUUACUGCGUCUUUCCCGUCACCUCAACAGCUCGACACACAUUUUCCAAGUUUCUUGCAAGAUAUCCGACCGAGGCUGGGUAGCUGAGAACAUGGCGGACAGCGAUACCAAUCUCAACGGCACGACGCAGGGAGGCUCGGAUUCUGACAAUCGAGUCAACGAGGGGGCCGAAGAUUCGGCUGAUGCACCCGAAGCGGGUUCCACCAACGGCGCCGCCAACAGCGCCGCCUGCGACGGUGCAAACUGUACCAGCGGCCCCACCAACGGCCGCUGCUCCUGCGGUCAUUAUCAUGCCAGAAAUCCCGACCAGCUCAUGGCCGCAAUCAUUCAGAUUACCGGUCGAAAAAUGAGGCACGAAUGUUUCCGUUGCCAGUCUGGCGGGGGCCCGUGGGAAGGCUGCAUCGUUGCGAUUUGUGACCAGACCCAGGAACUCACCAAGGGCGCCUGCGCAAACUGCAUCUGGAAUGGGCUUGGCUACCUUUGCACAAUUCAUAGGCAAGAGGAAUUUCACUCCGCUAGGCAUGACAUUGAGAACGCCGUUGCCAGGGUGGAGGAUGCUGAGAAGAACCGUCCGGAUGAGGUAGAACGGGCGAAGGCUGCGCUCCAGGAGGUCAACAAUUUCUGGCGUGAGAAGCUGUAUGCCGUCCUCGGGGCUGACCUCCUCUGGUAACACCCUCGUUACGGCACUAGCAUCAUGAAGACGCACAAGACAAGCAAGGAGAUGUCGUUUAUUCUUUCCUUCUUGUUUCCUUUCCUUUUUAAUCUCUAUGACGAGGCGAGGGCGUUAUAUGAAGGGCAUGGUGGGGUCGUUUAGCAAUGUUUACUUUGGAGGGGUUGGUUGGCCGCGCAAUGCUAUAU